GUUUAAGACUGACGACGAGCGGGAAGCAAGAAACCCAAAAUCUGCACAAAUGGCGUCCCACUUCCUUUUCCCCCAAAAUUUGCGAGCCAUCGAAGAAGAACGGGAAGACAACCUUCUCUACGCUCAGAAACCCAUCGACGUCGCUUCGCUUUCUUCCUCCGAACUUGAAGAAUUCGUCAAAGGUGCAUCUUUUGAUCUCUCUGAUAAAGAAGUUUUCUGUAUUGAAGAGCAAGACAUGUUUGAUCGUGUUUAUUCUUUGGUCCGUGGUUUCUGUAGUCUCAUUCCAUCUUGCAAAGUCAUAGUUGUGGAAAGUCUUCGGUCCAAUCUUAGUGUUCUUCUUCCAAAUAUUGAUUCACUGUCACGUCAGGAUGAUGAAACACCUAUGCUUGAUCGAAUCUCAUCCUUUCGCAAUGCUUUUAAAAUUUACACAUUCUUUCUUUUCAAUAUCGUCUUGGCUGAGGAGUCCAACAGUGCUUCUAGUAACAAUGCAAAGGUUACAGCAAGUGUUCGUAGGAAGAAGCCCAUUAGUUCAUGGAACUGGGAGCCGCAACGGGGUCGACACCAUUACAUGGCACAAUCAUGUGCUUCAAUCUUGCACCUGAUUCAUAAAUAUGAUUUUGUUGUUACUUCCAUGGCUGAUGCUGUUGCUGGGGCUGAGAAGAGGUUUGCUGAUGGAACACUUGCAAGUUCUCUUAUCAGAGAGAUAGGGAGAACAAGCCCCAAGGCCUACGUGAAGGACACAGUUGGUGCUGAAAAUAUUGGACGUUUUCUGGUGGAGCUUGCUGACCGUCUGCCAAAAUUAUUGUCAAUCAACAUUGGAGUUCUAGUCCCCCACUUUGGUGGAGAAUCUUAUAAGAUAAGGAAUGCUCUAGUUGGUGUUUUGGGUAAAUUAGUUGCAAAAGCAUUUAAGGAUGUUGAAGGUGAAAUGAGUUCUAAAUCUGUCCGUCUUCGGACCAAGCAAGCCAUGUUGGAAAUUUUACUUGAGCGCUGUCGGGAUGUUUCAGCUUAUACAAGGAGUAGAGUUCUUCAGGUCUGGGCUGAACUUUGUGAGGAGCAUUCUGUGUCAAUUGGUUUGUGGAAUGAAGUUGCAGCUGUUGCUGCUGGGAGGUUGGAAGAUAAGAGUGCCAUUGUUAGAAAAUCUGCGCUAAAUUUACUUAUCAUGAUGUUGCAGCAUAAUCCAUUUGGUCCACAGCUCAGAAUAGCUUCAUUUGAAGCAACCCUACAGCAGUACAAGAAUAAGUUAAAUGAGCUUGAACCAAAUAAGCCUUCAGAGAGUCCAAUAGAUGGUUUGCCAUAUGAUGAUGAUGGUGAGGUUGACAAUAAUGCAAAUGCUGAACAGAUAAUUGAAGAGCAGCCUGACAGUCUAACCGACAGUUUAUCCUACAUGGAUCAAGGAAUUGCUGAGAAGGAUGGUUCAGUGCCAGAUGUUGGGAACUUGGAGCAAACCAGGGCCUUGGUUGCAUCACUGGAGGCUGGCUUGAUGUUCUCUAAAUGCAUAUCUGCUACAAUGCCAACUCUUGUUCAAUUAAUGGCUUCUUCUUCUGCCACUGAUGUCGAGAACACAAUACUCUUGUUGAUGCGGUGCAGACAGUUCCAAGUUGAUGGUGCAGAUGCUUGCCUCCGUAAAAUGCUGCCACUGGUAUUUUCUCAGGACAAGUCCAUAUAUGAAGCUGUGGAGAAUGCCUUCAUAACAAUUUAUAUUAGGAAAAAUGCAACAGAAACAGCUAAGAACCUUUUGAAUCUCGUUGUAGAUUCAAACAUUGGAGAUCAAGCUGCCUUGGAAUUCAUUAUUAGUGCCUUGGUGUCAAAAGGUGACAUAUCUGGUAGCACAAUAUCAGCAUUAUGGGAUUUCUUUUGUUUUAAUAUUAAUGGAACAACUGCCGAGCAAAGUUGUGGUGCUUUAUCUGUUCUUUGCAUGGCGGCAAAAUCAUCCCCUGGGAUUCUUGGUUCUCACCUACAGGACAUUAUUGAUAUUGGGUUUGGUCGAUGGGCCAAAGUGGAACCUUUGCUUGCUAGGACUGCAUGCAUUGCUAUUCAGAGAUUGUCUGAAGAGGACAAGAAAAAAUUGUUGCUUACUAAUGGCAGUCGGAUAUUUGGUAUUCUGGAAAGCUUAGUUACUGGUUUUGGUCUUCCAGAUAAUAUAUGGUAUGCAGCUGCUGAUAAAGCAAUAGGUGCCAUAUAUAUGAUUCAUCCAAGUCCAGAAAUCAUAGCUGCUGAAAUUGUGAAAAAGUCCCUUUCUUCUGUUUUUAAUGGUACUGAAGGACAUGCAUCUGAGAAUGACAUAAACAGCAGCAAAGACAGCAUAUGUUCUGCUGUUCAAGUGGCAAAACUUGGUAGAUAUUUAUUUGUUGUGAGUCAAGUUGCCAUGAACCAACUGGUAUAUAUUGAAUCCUGCGUUAGGAAGAUUCAAAAACAGAAGGUUGCUAAAGACAAAAUGGAUGCUGAUGGUACAGCAAAUGCUGAUAAGCAAAAGGACAAUAGCAUCAAUGCUGAGCUAGGCCUUGCUGCCUCUGAAGAUGCGAUACUUGACAUGCUUGCUGAAAAAGCAGAAAAAGAAAUUGUUUCUGGCGGUUCCAGUGAGAAGAAUUUGCUUGGAGAAUGUGCACCUUUCCUCUCUAAGCUUUGCAAAAAUUUUUCCUUGAUGAAGAAGUAUCCAGAACUACAGGCUUCUGCAAUGCUUGCAGUGUGUCGAUUUAUGAUCAUUGAUGCAAACUAUUGUGAUGCAAAUCUUCAGCUUCUCUUCACCGUUGUAGAGAAUGCACAAUCAGAAAUUGUUCGUUCUAAUUGCAUUAUUGCUCUUGGAGAUUUGGCAGCUCGCUUUCCUAACCUGUUAGAACCAUGGACUGAGAACAUGUAUGCUCGAUUGAGGGAUCCUUCAGUUUCAGUUCGGAAGAAUGCUGUUCUGGUGCUUUCACAUCUCAUAUUAAAUGACAUGAUGAAGGUAAAAGGCUACAUAAAUGAAAUGGCCAUCCGAGUAGUAGAUGAAGACGAAAGAAUUUCAAGCCUAGCAAAACUCCUGUUUCAUGAGUUGUCUAAGAAAGGAAGCAAUCCGAUAUAUAAUUUGCUUCCAGAUAUACUUGGAAAAUUAUCUAACCAAAAUCUGGAGAGAGAGUCUUUCUGCAAUAUCAUGCAAUUCUUAAUUGGUUCAAUCAAGAAGGACAAACAAAUGGAAGCACUGGUUGAAAAGCUUUGCAACAGGUUCACUGGAGUCACAGAUGUUAGACAAUGGGAGUAUAUUUCUUAUUGUCUUUCUCAGUUAACUUUCACUGAAAAGGGAAUGAAAAAGCUCAUAGAGUUGUUUAAGACUUACGAACACGCCCUAGCUGAGGACACCGUGAUGGAUCAUUUUAGAAACAUUAUUAAUAAGGGUAAGAAGUUUGCAAAACCAGAACUUAAAGUAUGCAUUGAGGAGUUUGAGGAGAAGCUUAAUAAGUUCAACUUAGAGAAGAAGGAGCAAGAGCUGACAGCAAGAAAUGCUGAAAUUCAUCGGCAGAAAGUCAGUAACAUGGAAGGUUUUGUUGUUGCCAGUAAUGAAAGGGAAGGAAGUGCAGACUCUGACACAGAUGGAGAAGUCAUAAAUGCAUCCACGGAGGGGACAAACCAGUCCUUGGAUGAGUUAUCAAAGUCUAAAUUUGUUGCAUCAGAGGAGUCUUCUGCUGCUUCAAGUGAUGUAACUGAAUCGGAAGCAGAUGGAUUUGAAGUUACUUCACCCAAAGUUGACACAAGAGGGGUCUGCAAAACCAGGGCCAAGAAAAGCCAAAUGAGAGAACCAAAGGGCACUGUUUCUGCAGCUGCCAGAAGAAGUAUUAGGUCAAAACAAAGGUAGGUUCAAAAUGGAAAGCUAUGUUGAUUGAUGCAAGUUGACCUUAAUCACUAGUCAUUUUUGUAUAUUGACAGUGCAAAUUCCCUCGCCUUUUUUUGUAAAAUGAUGCCCAUUUUUUAUUGAUAUUUUACUUAGGUGGGACAUGUGAAUUGUAAUGUUUCCACUCGUUUAAUGCCAUGAUUGUUAUUAAUGAUAGGAGUCUUGAUAGUGGAGGUGAGUUUGUCACUAGUAUAAAACAGGUUUCCAUUCCUCCAUUACAAAUUCACUUGUUUAAUGUCAUUUUUGUAUAUUGACAGUACAAAUUCAGUUGCCU